UCCACACUUGAUUAGCCGCGACAAUGUGACGAAGACGAUAACAAAACCUGCGUUCUUCGUUUUCCACAAGAAGUAAGACAAACAGGUUCUGUACGUCCACAGGUCCACAGUCAGUCUUCCCGUCUGAUCUGCUCCCAUCGGUCUUCCUGCAGUCGUGGUCUUCACCAGUCACGUCGGGUGGACACCAGCUCCGCAGAUGAGCUCCUGCAGGCCUUUUAGUGUCUGGACUUCAUGACUGGACUCCUCUUCAUCGUUCUCAUUUUGCGGGAGGAAGCCGGAGAACCCGGAGAGAACCCACGCAGACACGCAAAACAUGCAAACUCCACACAGAAAGACCCCAGACCCCAGCUGGCCGGUGGGUUCGAACCCUGUGAGUGAGAGGAAACUUUACUCCACACAUGAGGAGGCGUCUAACGAGUCAACCAAAGAACAAGAAAGCCGGAGCCUAUGGACGCCACUGACUCUGGACAAGGGCAGGAGACGCCAUCAAAGCAGUUGUGGGAUUUAACACCCAGCUCAAAAGGACGACAACGGAGGAAAAAUCCCAAAUAUUCGGAUUAUGAAACCGAUGACGCGAUUAAUGUGCAGGAAAGACAACCUAGAAAGAGCUCUGGAGAUGGAGCAGCUCCUAAAAAGACUCCGGCGAAGAGCGUAAAAGCAAAGAAGGCCACGCAACAGCCUGCAGAUGGAGAGCAAGAACCGACGGAACCUCAAGAAUCUGAUGGAAAAACAUCAGAGAAAACCCCUAAAAAGACAUCGAGGGGCAAGAAGACCCCGUCGAAAAAGAGUCCCGCCAAAAAGACUCCUGCCGUAAAAGCUCCCGUCGCAGACGGGCCCCUCCCAGCAGGAGAGGGCGGACAUUUAGAUACCGUGCUGCAGGAAAACGGGACGCCGAAGCCGAGGAGAAAGUAUGUGAGGAAGCAGAUGGUACAGAAAGCGGAAGCAGUUACAGAUCCGCCGCCGUGUGACGAGGAAGCUCCGACCGAACCUGUGGAGGAGAUCGAAGCGGGCGGCCGUCGCAGGAGAGGCGCCGCUAAAGCGGCAUUGAAGUACCUCCACAUUUUGGCAAAAGAGGUGCUCGGUCAUCCCGCUGAAGAGUCGGGCUCCCAGCGAGGCGCCAACAAUGAUGCCACAGAACCGGAAAAACACCCAGUUAGAAAGCAGAAAGCUGGGAGUAAAGGCCAGAAGAGAAAACGCUGUGACUAUGACAGCGAUGCUGCAGAAGAUGAAGACUUUGUGCCAGAUGUUGAAGAAGAUGAUGUCGAGGAGAUUGAAGACGAAGAGGGAGAGGACUCGGACUUGGACUUAGACUUGUGGACGAAUCGAAGAAGUUCAGCAGCGUCUCACGUCAACAGGAGCAAUGCAGGCAUGAACACCAGAACAGCCAACGGACUCACCGCCAACGUCAUGAAGACUGUUUGGGACUCCGUUGAGACCAACAAGAAGUUCCGGGAGGAGCACCACAGCAGCUGGGUGUUCCCAGAGUGGGUUCCUUCCACCAGCGCCUGGCACCUGCUGCCACAAAGUGAUUUAGAGAAAUAUCUGCCUCAGGAGCUUCAAUCGGCUGCUUUCAAAGUGUCCAGAGAAGGUCUCGGUAAAGAGGAGACGCCUCUGCAGAGACUCAGCAGGUUCGGGGUAGUUCCCGCUCACCCGGAUCGCUGGGACAUGUUCCUGUAUGCAGGCGGACCGGUCUGGGCCAUGGAGUGGUGUCCUACACCAGACGGUGCACCGGCCACCCAGUACGUAGCUCUGGCCUGCCAUCGAGGGAUGGACGACCAGCACUACAUCCACAAGACCUACAGCGGACCUGGACUCAUUCAGCUGUGGGACCUGGGCAAGCUGGAGUACAACAGCAGACCAGACUCCCAGCCAGCCUUGGCUUAUGGUUUGGCUCAGGACAAAGGCUUCAUCUGGCAUCUGAAGUGGUGUCCGUCAGGAGGCUGGGAGCUGCCCAGCUGUAGCAGGAAGGCUCCUUUCCUGCCCAGACUGGGUCUUCUGGCGGUCGCCACGUCCACCGGUGUGGUCACCAUUUACAGCCUUCCUCAUCCCGACGCUCUGCACAGCAGCUGUAAUAUCUCACAAUCUGGAGAAGCCAGACAGCUGCCGCUCAUUUACAAGGCAGAAGGAGUGUUGUCAUUGAAGCUGGGUUCCUUAAAAUCCCCUCGGCAGGAAAAGAGCGGACAAGUCCUGUCUAUGGAUUGGCUGCCUGAAAAACCACACAAUAUAAUGGCUAUUGGAUUCUAUGAUGGUGUGGUAGGUUUAUGGGAUCUGACCACGAAGUCUGCGCUGUUACGUGUGCGAGAGUCUGACAGGUCGCUGAGUUUGCUGCCUUACAGAUGUUUCCUGGCUCACGACCAGGCUGUUCGGGUUCUGUCCUUCUGUCCGGCCAACAGACACCUGUUGGUGACGGCAGGAGAGGACCGCUUCGUGAAGACGUGGGAUCUGAGGAGGCUUUAUAAUCCCAUCACUGUCCAGAAACGCUUUCUUACCAACGAAGUCUACUGGCCUUUAAACGCACCGGGCCUCCUCUUGGCCCAAGAGAACACCUACGCAGCGAACGGUUCACAUGGAGUCCAUUACUAUGAUCAUUACAUGCGCUCCAUCUACGCUGUUCCCAGGAUGGCCACUAUGUGGUCCAUAUCUUACACUGAUUGGCUGAACAGCGUGAUGACAUCAGACACCCUCGGUGAGGUGAUUCUCGCCGUGUUACCUCAGAUAUGCUACAGCCCUCAAUACAUCAAACGCACGAUAGAGAGACGUUUUCCCAUCUACUUCACAUCUGUGGUGCCUUAUGAUACAACUGAAGAAGAGAAAGAAGAGACUGAAGUAGCGGAGGAGCGGAGAGAUGCUGUAGAGGAGCAGGAACGAGAAGAGACGGAAGGAGCAGAUGCUGGGGAACGAGAGCAGGGGAACGAGAGCAAUAAUGAAAAUGGAAGAGAGGGAGGAAGAGGUAGAAAAGAUAAAAGUCCUCCUCUGCUGUUCCAGACGUACAAAGAGGCUGUGAAGAAAUACUACCUCCAUCACACGGACAGCGAUAUGCGGACGUUUGUGCACAGCGAGAAACGAGCCGGAUGGAAACGAAUGAAAGAAACGGAGGUGAAGACGAAGAUAAACAUGGACGAGACGCCUUUGGCUGCACUGCAUAAGGUACGUUUCAGCCCCAACAUGAACUGUCAUACCUGGGUGGCGUCCGGAGGCCAGACGGGUCUGGUCAGACUCAACUGUCUGAGGAGUAUGAUCAGCUGUCAUGUCAAGAAGAUGAUCAGCGAGAACCAGGCUCAGUUCAACGCACUGUACUCUCCAGAAGAACAGAAGGAAGCUGCUCAAACUGUGACAGAGCAGCUAUAGCAGGAGCUAAACUAUCAGAAUGUCAAUCACACUGUUGUCAGACAAAACCUGCAAAAAAGUCUUUAUAGAAUAAUAAAAAAAAGAUAUUAAUUUCUUAUUCUUGUGUCUGUUGGUUAAGGAUGAGGUCACUAAAAUUACAAAAAAUCAAAUCUCACUGCUAGCAGUACUGUAUCUACAGUAGCCAUGGUUUUAUUUGUGUCUUUUGAGAUUUCUGCCUCUGAUAAUUAAUCGUAUCAACUUUAAAUUGGAAGCAGAAACUAUUUGCAGGUUUGUUUGUUUCCACAGCAGCUCGUUAAUUCGCUCAAAUGAACUUCAUUUCUCUAAUUUUGUCCGUCUUCUUCCGCUGUUGUCAUCAAAUGAUGAUCAGAUGUGUUAUUAUGGGAAACGUUCAGGCUUUCUCACAUUUUAAUUUGGCAAAUAUUAAAUGUUGUAAUCAGCGAGACAUUCCGUUGCAUGUUUGUUAAUUUAUGUUCAGAUUUCUGCCACGAAGGAAAUUACUAUCAGUUGUUAAUGAACCACCGUGUUUGUGUGUUCUGGUCUCUUUACGCACUGGUGUUGUUUCCAGACUCGUACACCUUCGUCUAGAGAGGAGACGUUAGCGUAGCAACAGUCCUCCAUCUGUGUCCACACAGGAUGCGUCCAGGCACAGUAUUGUGUGUAGGUCAUCUGUGUUUUGGUUGCACUCGGAGCCCAAAACACAAUCACAGUAGUAACUUGCAUACACACUCUCUGUGUAAACACCAUGUUGGUUAAUUGGUUAUAUAUUCAUCAGUCAUUUUUUCACAGUACCUUAAAGAUACGCUCCUGUAUUUCUUUCUAACAGCCUUUAAAUCUUCUCCAGUGUCACUGCAGAUGUUGUAAAACCCAUCUUCAUCAACAGAAAGGCUGGAGGAAUCG